AUGCCCCCGUUCUCCCUUGUCCAUAUACCCCAGCUCCUCGUCUGGCUUGUCGCUCUUUUGUCUCUCCCCGCCUUCGUCUCCGCCACCGAAUGGAUCGACUACCCCGCUGACGGCACCGCAACCCUCACUCACUACACCCUGCCCGAUGGCUACAUUGCAUCCUGCGGCUGCACCGGCGCAAGCACCCAAUACCCGACCGCCGCCAUGAGCCAGUACGCGUAUGGCAGCAGCACCGCGUACGGCCCAGGAUGCGGUCGGUGUUUUCAAAUCACCCUGCUCAACACAUACACUGGCACUCCACCGUUCUUCCCGAACGUCACAAAGAGCGUGGUCAUAAAGGUUACUGACCUGUGUCCUGUGGGCGGAGCAGGAUGGUGUUCCGCGACGCCGGACAAGCCCAACCAGAGCGGCCAGUACAUCAACUUUGACCUUGCUUGGCCCUCAAAGAGUAUACCGGAUGACUUCUUUCCUUCCGACGAGGCAUUUUACGGUGACCGUAUCCAGGACUUUGGUGUAUGGAAUGUCAGCUACAAGUCGGUCAACUGCCUCGACAACUGGGCAGGGGCGAAGAACGCCGCCGCGCUCGGCAGUGUUGAUGAUGGAUCCAGCGUCUGCUGUCCUGCCAACCCCACAGUGAGUUCUACCAACGACACCUGCCCAUCCUACUCAGACGACAAUGGUAUCCCCCCAGACACCACCACGACCGGCAGCGCCCCUUCUCUGCUCCCACUGUAUACGCUCUUUGUAUCCUGUCUGCUCGGGCCUUGGUAUCUAUUCGCAUGA